CGUGAGCGAGCACGAGCUGCACAACGGGACGCAACUGGCACAUGGAGUGGAGCGUCGUACUUGGAAUGAUCUGCCACGGAACUCCCCCACUGCGCUCUCCCUCUCCUUGGGCUUGAAGGGGGGGAAAAAAAUCAGGCUCCUCCAAAACAAAACCAGGCUCUUCUGUCCACUUCAUACCACGCAUACCCGCUGUGAACACACCCAGAAGAGGAGGAAGCAACAGCGGCAGAAGGGACUAUCAGGAGUUGAGAGGAUGGAUGGUCUGGUCCUUGUUCUGAAGAAGUACCCUGGCCUUUCUGUGCUCCUCUUCUCCCUCAUCUUCAGGGGGAUCCACAGGUUGCUGCAAAGGCUGCCCCUGCCCAAGGUGGUGCUCCAUGAUGAGUUCCGCUCAUGGAAGUGGAAGAACCUCUCUGUGUCUAUGGUGCACUCCCUGCUGACGGGGACGUGGGCCUUGACUUGCGCGGUGACUUGGCCGGAGACGCUGAAAGAACUCCACACUUACCACACGUCGUCAUCCUACCUGCUGGUGUGCGUGUCAACAGGAUACUUUGUGCAAGAUGCAGCAGAUAUCAUCCUGACGGGACAUGGAAGAGGAUCGUGGGAAUUUCUUGUCCAUCAUGCCCUUGUGAUCGUGAGCUUCCUGUACAGCCUCUACACCCAACUGUACGUCUCCGCUGCCAUGGUGGCGCUCUUUGUGGAGGUCAACAGCGUGACCUUGCACCUAAGGCUGCUGCUGAAGCUGGCCGGCGCCACGUCGUCCACCGUGUAUCACAUCAACAAGGUGGUCAACAUGUUCACCUUCAUCACUUUCCGCCUCUGCGCCCAGUUCUACCUCACCUGGUACCUCCUGCAUCAUUACUCCCGGCUGCAGCACGGCGCAUUCUUCCUGGCCGCCCUGAUGGUGAUGAACACCAUGAUCCUGGUAUAUUUCUAUCGCUUGCUGCGGUCUGACUUCAUCUUGCACAGGGAUGGACAGAGCAAGACACAGGACAACUCCAAAAGGUUUGUCGCUGAUUGAGUUGAGUUGAGCCUCAGUGGACGAUUGGAAAGCACUCGGUGUUGCCCCUUUCUUGAAGAGUGAGAGUUUACCACUUAUUUUGUAACUGACGGCAAGUUUUCCUUGUCGCGGCAUGCUUGACUGCCAAGGAACACAUUCAUGAAUCAGAACAAGGUGCGGCCUGAUCCAAAAGUCGCAUUCCAGAGAUUGUGGAACCUUCUGAUUCGGGUAUGUGUGCUUUGCUAAAUGUACUAAAUCAUGUUGGUCAUGGACCAUGUUUGCCAAAGAAGGCUGGACAUUUGUGUGGCUGCAUGCCUUAAAGGAAAAGUGCACUUUUUGGAAUUUUGCCCAUCAUACUGCUGCUGCUACUAGGUGUAGGUGCUCACUUCUAUGAUGUAUGCACCCAGGAAGAAAGUUCCAAUACUGUUUUAAUGGACAAAAAAUGACUAAAUACUGGAAGCAGUGGCGGAACCCCUGUUUCCGCUUGGAUCCAUUUCACUGCAGCACACAACUUUCCGUGGUAGAGCAGAAGAGAACUGCCUAUUUUGUGGAAGUACUGUCAAUAAAACCGUGUCUUGCAUGAACUGCAAGCGAUAGGUAAGUUUUCCAUGAUUACUUUGGUCGGUUCUGGUCAAGUUCUCUCAAGACUUGGACUUAAAUUCUGUGAUUGUGUGAUUGACCACAUAAAUCUGUUAGUAUUGGAUGCUCUCUGUUAGGAGCAUGAGUGGCCAUGUAAACCAAGUCAAGAGUUAAAACAGGAGAGCCGAUCGGCAUCCACUUCUGUAUAAUGUCUUGCUCGGGUUUGGCGGCCAUGAUGGUGAGUAGAAUGCAGAAACUAUGCUCAGCUAUGCUCACUGCUCAGCAAUGGAUUUCUCUAACAGACGGUCCAAAAGCAGGGUGGCCACCCCUGAUCACUCUCCAGCCACCCCACUGGUCUUCAGAGGAGUUUUAAUAGCGGGCUUUGUAGGCAGCACAGUUGCAGUAGUGAGCUGUCUCUUUUAUAUCUUUAGAAAAGGGAAAGACACAAGUGUUCACGUCUCAUAUAAAGGACUGUGAAUGAUGGGCAAAAUUCCAAAAAUAGUAUAGUUGUCCUUUAAGUGUUUGUUGUGCAGCAGCAACAAGCAUGCAGACAGGAAAUGGGAGGUAAGAUGAGCCAAUUGAGCCUUGGCCAUGUGGAAAAUUUCAAAAUAAUAUUUCCUUGUUUGCAUCCAUCUGAUAGAGGGAUAGAAUGGCAAAUCUAGCCGACACAACCCAGUUUAUAAAUGCUUCAACACUUUGUCAAAAGGAAGCUCUUACUAACUGCUGCUUUGCCUCGGGUAAGUUAGCUGAAGGACAAACCACCAGCUUGGACUCUUUGAUACCGUAGUUAAACCACCCGUUGUCUCGAUGAUGCCGUUUGUGGCUGAAGAGACUGUUGGCCAUACACCAAGUAGUGCGUUUCCUCCGAGUGGAACCAUCAACGCUGUUCCGUGACGCUUGAUGACUUCUUAAGUUCAAAACAUUUUUUUCCCAUAGAGUAAUGUCAAAUGAAUUCAUUCAUUCCUGGCUGAAACAAAUCACCAACAUAAUCACCAACCUCCUUGGCCAUGUUUAAAAUCACCUGGUCCACAAACACCAAUAGCUAUUCUGUUAAUAUUUGCCACAAAACACACCAUAGACGCAUCCUAUUGUUGUGUAACUCAAUUGCAUCAGGGAAAUAAACAUAGAAGACUGGAAUGCUUGAAAAAUGACCAUAGUGGAUUAUACUAUACUGUAUUUAUUAUCAUUCAUAGAUCUACAGGAAAUAAAUGAGUGUAAAUGCAGUUGCACAUUUAAAGCUUGAUGCAUUUCAAAUGCUUGUUUGCCGAAUAUGAAAUGGGGCCUUUUUUAUUUCAGUCAGGAAAAUAAGGCAAAAAUCCAUGGACAAAAAUGUGUCUGACCUGUUGCUGCAGUGUUCUUGACCAGAGGACCUUUGGAAACAAACAAAAAAUAAAGAUGGUUAUUGCAAAACAAGCUC